AUGUCUAAAGACACGGAAGGGAAGAGCGAGAAGAUUAUGGAUAUGGAGAGCAAGGUGCUGUGGUACCCGGACUCCAAGAGGAACACACAGAUGGAUAAGUUUAGGAUACAGGUCAACGCCGACUACGGGCUUAAUCUUGCCAACUACAAUGACCUGUACCAGUGGUCAGUGGACAGCUACUCGGAGUUCUGGGGCGAGGUGUGGCGCUUCUGUGGAGUAGUCAGCUCCAAACCAUAUGAAGAGGUUGUUGAUGUCUCCAAACGGAUCUCGGAUGCUCCAGAGUGGUUUAAAGGGGCCCGGCUCAACUACGCUGAGAACCUGCUCAAACACGCAGACCAGGACAAAGUCGCUCUCUACGCUGCGACGGAGGCAAAUGACGAGAUUGUGAAGGUGACCUAUGGGCAGCUGAGGUCCGAUGUGGCGUUGUUUGCUGCAGCCAUGAGGAAGAUGGGCGUCGGGACUGGGGACAGGGUCGUAGGAUACCUACCCAAUGGCAUUCAUGCAGUGGAGGCCAUGUUAGCAGCAGCCAGCAUCGGAGCAAUUUGGAGCUCCACGUCUGUCGACUUCGGAGUCAACGGUGUUCUUGACAGGUUCUCACAAAUCCAGCCCAAGCUGAUCUUCUCCGUCGCCGCUGUGGUUUACAACGGCAAAACGCACGACCACAUGGAAAAGCUCAUCAGUGUUGUCAAAGGCCUGCCUGACCUGAAGAAAGUCGUGGUGAUUCCCUACGCUCGCUCCAAACACGAGACUGACCUCUCAAAGAUCCCCAACAGCGUAUUUAUAGAUGAUUUCUUGGCGUCUGGCCGUGGCGAGGGCGACCAGUUUCCUCAGCUGGAGUUUGAGCAGCUGCCGUUCAGUCAUCCUCUGUUCAUCAUGUACUCAUCUGGCACCACGGGAGCUCCUAAAUGCAUGGUCCACUCUGCCGGGGGCACGCUCAUCCAACACUUGAAAGAACACAUUCUCCACGGCAAUAUGACCAGCAGUGAUGUCAUCAUUUACUACACCACGACCGGCUGGAUGAUGUGGAACUGGCUGGUGUCCGCCCUUGCAGUGGGAGCCUCAGUGGUUUUAUAUGACGGUUCACCACUAAUGCCCACGCCCAAUGUACUGUGGAACCUGACAGACCAGCUGGGCAUUACUAUCUUCGGCACCGGGGCCAAGUGGCUGGCUGUGCUGCAGGAGAGGAACCUGAAACCUGGGGAAACGCACAACCUCCAGUCGCUCCACACCAUCCUGUCCACCGGAUCUCCUCUCAAACCUCAGAGCUACGACUACGUCUAUCGCUGCAUCAAGAGCAACGUGCUGCUUGGCUCCAUCUCAGGCGGCACUGACAUAGUGUCAUGUUUCAUGGGUCAGAACCCAACAGUUCCGGUGUAUCGCGGCGAGAUCCAAACAAGAAACCUGGGCAUGGCUGUGGAGGCCUGGGGCCAUGAAGGUAAGCCUGUAUGGGGAGAGAGCGGGGAGCUCGUCUGUUUGAAGCCAAUCCCCUGCCAGCCAACACACUUCUGGAAUGACGAGAACGGGACCAAAUACCACAAAGCAUACUUUUCCUCAUAUCCUGGUGUGUGGGCCCACGGAGACUACUGUAAAAUCAACCCAAAGACAGGAGGCAUUGUCAUGCUGGGCAGAAGUGACGGUACACUGAACCCUAACGGAGUUCGAUUUGGCAGCUCAGAGAUCUACAACAUUGUGGAAGCAUUUGAGGAAGUGUCAGACAGCCUCUGCGUUCCUCAGUACAACGCCGACGGUGAAGAGCGGGUAAUUUUGUUCUUAAAGAUGGCACCUGGCAAGCCCUUCUCAGCGGAGUUGGUGGCGAAGAUUAAAGGAGCCAUUAGGAAGGCGCUGUCUGCUCGACACGUCCCUGCACUGCUGCUGGAGACCAGAGACAUUCCUUACACCAUCAGCGGCAAAAAGGUGGAGGUGGCUGUAAAACAGGUGAUCGCCGGCCGGGAGGUGGCGCAAAGGGGAGCUUUCUCUAACCCAGAUUCACUGGACCUUUACAAGAACAUUCCUGAACUGCAAAACUAUUAAAGAUGAGGAGCUGAGGAGAUGAACAACCACCCGAGAAGAGUUCAGCUUAGUUUUUAAAUUAACUUUAUUCCAAUUUAUAGGCACAGAGAGAUGUGCAAAGUUGCAUUGCAGGUAGUAGUUUACAAAGGCGCCAUGAGCUUUGCACAGGGCAUGAAAAGGAGAAAAAUAAAAUGUACGUCAAAAUAAUACUAAAAGGGCACAAAUAAUAUGUAAAUAGGUCUACGUUAUCAGACAGAAGGGAAAACUUUAUGCGUACCGCUCCACAGCUUCCGGCGAGCAAGCGGCUCUACCAUGUUGUGCAAGUAAAUGUCGAGCUGGAUUCAGCUUGGGAUGUAACACGAUGUGCACAGCAGCGCUUGUGAAUAAGCUCAAUGCUCUGAAGCCACCAACAAAGGAAGAAGUGAAAUUUAGGUUCAGGUGCUUUGCUUUGGCUUCACAGUGUGAUCGCUAUCAGCCAGUGCAAAGACGCAUCUCUCUUUGUCGCCUGCUUUAACCCCCCCCCCCCCCCCCCGGUGUUGGUUCUGAGCUGGGUUCCAGACUGAACAUCCUCGGCUUUGGCUCAUGUCACCAUAUCAUCGUCAUGUGGUGUGUAUUGCUUUAUUAUGUGUAUAUACAUAUGAAUAUAUAUUUUUUGGACUGUGAAAAUUCCGUUAACAUUAUAAUUAUGCAUUGAAAAGAUAGUGACUUAAACCUGUUAACCAAAGUGUGAGUUAAAGAGGGUUGUAGUUUGAAUGAAUAAGAUUCCAGAAAUAAUUGAACUUGCAUAACUUUUGACCCAACCGGAAAAGUUAGUAAUAACCUCUGUGACACUACUGAAAGAGAGCAAACAUUCAAUUCACCACAAAAGCCUAUUUUUGUUUUUUUUUAUAUCUAUGCUCCAUGUUUGUCAGAUCUUCAGAUAGCUACAGUACGCGCCUGUUAUUACCUUCUACAUGGGAAUUAUUUAUUCAAAUGUCAUAAUGCUAAUUACUGCUAUUAAAGAUGAACUGCAGUGCCUUUUUGGUCCUUAGUUGCACGACGAAGCAACACAGGUGUACAAAAACACUAAUCCAUUCAAUGCUAUGAGAGUCAGUUGUCAAAGAAUCACAGAUGUUAAUGUGAGAGAAAUGUUUUGAGUUUUGGAAAAAAUGUAAGCUUCGAGAAGUUGACCAUUUUGAUUCAGGCUGUCUUGCUUAUUUCUGGAUUUUAAAAAAUGAUAAAUGUAAUAAUGUGAAUAACUGAACUGGAAACGCUGCAGUUUAUCUUUAAUGUCACUGCUUAAAUUAAAAAAAAAAAAAAUUCACUUAAAAGAUACCCUGUGGAGUUUUUGGCCACUAGUAGCGCUAUGGAACAAUGUUUUGAUCAGUGGAUCCCAAUCUUGUUGUAUUCGGAGCAAAUGCACAUAUGGGUGAUGAAAAGCGCAUUCCUGCCAUCACUGUCACACAAUUCCACUGACAUGUGGCAGUAAUGAAGCGAGAAAAAGCACCAACAACUUGAUGAGAAGAAGAAGACUGAAAGCUUUAAAACACGAGUGUAAAAGCUUCAUCUUUAAAGCACUGAAACAGAACUUGACUUCAUUAGAAGAAAACUCCACAGGGUGCGCGUCAAAGUCUCUCAGAUGCUCUGGUCCUCUCUUAUCGAGACAGGGAUCAUAAUUGGAUAACUGUACACUUCGCACUUUAGAAAACUGUCUGUGCAACUUUGUUCGAGGUGAAGUUUGGUGAAACAUGGCUGAUGUACUGUUCCAUUAUGCAUGCAGCUGAUGCAGAUUGUCUGCAGACGUUUCUUCUAAUAGGCCCAGAGAUUUUUGCAAACAUUAUUCUAGUGUCUGUCACAUGUAACUUGAUUGUAUUUGAUUCUUCUAUGUCCGCCUUCGGUGAAUCUAAUGAUGUAAUUUUAACUAUCUUCAGUGUUGAGAGAAAGUUUAUUGAAUCAGAUAAAACAGUUGUCUUUUGUC